CCCUGCCUGACCACGGCUGGGCUGGGCUGAGCCCCGCACUGGGGCCGCCUGGAUUCUUGGACUCUGGCGGCAGGAUGGGGAUUUUGUUGAUGGAGUUUUAUUUUCUUCACUUUAUAUUCUAUUUUGCUUAUCGGAGGGAAAAAGAUACGCUUCUGAAGAUGGGGGAAGUUUAUAAAAGUUUGUAACUUUCUGAAAAGUAAAGAUUUCCACCUUAGCCUGAUUUCGUCGCCUCGGGACUUCCUUAUCCUGUUUGUGGGACACUCGGAUGAUUUGUUUUCCCAUUCCUCCUCGCACAGAAACCCUUCUGGGGGGUUCUGUGUGGCUGGAACUUGGGAGUCAGGGAGGAAUUUCUGGAACUCCUCGAAAAGUAGAAGAUUCUGGAAAAGCCUGAGAGAUUUCCAAGAUGACCAAGGUGCCGGCCACCAAAAAGAUGCAGAGUUCCCCCAGCUCGGGGGCCGUGUGGACCUGUUAUGAUUCAGACCCUCUGACACAGGUUCCAGGCAAAUCAAUGAAGAACAUCAAGUACAUGAACAAGGAAAUAAUAAACAUCAAAAAAGACCUCAUGCGAAGCCGCUCCCUGAUCCAGGCGGUGAAGAUGGGCCGCGGCUACUUCACCAUUCUGAGGGAGGAGAGCAACUUGAAGAAGGAGGAGCUGCAACCCCAGAAGCUGGAGGAAGAAGAGAGAAAUAAAUUCCAGCCGGCCAAGAAGGUCUCCGAGAUCCAGUUAGGGGACUCGUUGUUGGUCAUCUACGAGGACGAGAAGAAGUCGGGGACCAACAUCAUCUUCCGCCCGUUCACCCCCAUGCGCAGCUGCCUCUUCCUGCCCUCGAUGCCCGAGGCUCACGUCGAGCCCCUGUUCCGCCAGCUCUGCGCCCUGCACUGGCUUUUGGAGUCCCUGACCAUCGACCACACCCACCACACCAUGAAGUCGGUGACCACCUGCUGGAAUUUCAAGGACCCCGGGGGAAGCAAGAGCUCGAUAAAAAAAAUCAACAAGGACAGGUCCAUGGCCCAGAGGUGGGAGCACUUCGUGGCCACACCAAAGACCAAGAAAUUCAAAAUCCCCGUCAUCAGGGCCGUGAGCCGCAGGCUGAGCCGCCGGGGCUCCACCAUCAGCCUGUCCCGCACCAGCAGCGCGUCCUCCCCGCAGAGCAGCAUGAUCUCCAUGAACCCCGGCUCCGACGAGCACCCGAGCGUGGCCACCCAGGUGACCGGCAGCAAAGACGUCGAGGACAACGAGUCCUCUUCUACCAAGCCCGAUGAGGAGCCCCUGCACAUCAAUUUGCAAAAGCUCCUGGAGAUGGUUCGAGAAGACGCCCGGAGGACCGUCAUGAUGCAGAACGAGAUGCAGAGGAAAGCUCCCAGCCUCUUGUCGGUGCUCAGACAGACCAAGAGCGACUCUGCCUUCAGGGAGGGGCAGGCCACCCACAAAUCCAGUGAGAGAUCGAGCUCCACCAGCGGGGAAAGCCACACCCAGAUAGUCCAGAAGAAGGCGAAAGGCCGGGUCCCCCGUGACAUCGUCCUCUGCAAAAGCGGGCUCUGCAGCAGCAUGAGGGCCAGGUUCUACAGCGUGGCCCAGGAGGCCGGCUUCUGCCUGCAGGACAAGAUGGAAAUCUUCAUGAAGCACCAGGAAGAGAGAGGACUCCAGAAGUUCAAUUCUUUCGGCCGUGCCUCCACUUUUCAAAAGGACAUGUCCAAGAUGCGACAUCAGAUCUCCUUGGUCAAAGGAGACGCACAAGAAAUUGCAGACCACUGGUACUUUGACCUGUUGUCCAAACUCCCUGAGGAUCUGAAGAGCUUCCGCCCCGCCAAGAAGAUCCUAGCCAAACUGCAGAAGUUUGGGGAGAACCUGGACCUCAGGAUCCGGCCCCACGUCCUCCUGAAGGUGUUACAGGAGCUGAGAAUCUGGGAACUGUGCUCCCCAGACGUGGCUGUGGCUAUUGAGUUUGUGAGAGAACACAUCGUCCACAUGCCUCAAGAAGACUACAUCAGCUGGCUGCAGAGCCGGGUCAACCUACCCCUCAGGCCCCAGAACGCCCUAACGCAGUCUCGGCCUGCAGUGACCAACAGUCCCAGUGUCUGAGGCCAAGCCAUGUCCCUACAUCCCUAGACCUUUGCGCUUGCUUCCUGCCUGCCCUCACAGGUGCUUGUUAAGAUGCAGUAAGAUCAUCAGACGACUGGCCUCCAACACCCUUCUAGAGUGAGAUUCCCACCCCAGCCCCCGGCCCCAACCUCCAGUCUGAUUCUAUCUACUUCUUCUACAGAUUCCUUCCCCCCUAUUCCUUGUCCACAAAUUUGGGAUAAUAAAAUUGACCUGGGUCUUU